UUACUAUAUAAUGUCACAAGCUAUUGCAAACAUUUCUCCAUCAUCCUCUUUUCUUUAACUCUUCAUAUCUUAUCUAACUACGCACAACGAUACUUAUACCAAAAAUGACUACACUACAAGCCCUUUCUAGCUUCAUCACAGUCACACCAACGUAUGCAAUGUCACAUGCAAAACCUAAUUCCUUCAAUUUUUGUUGUCGUCAACCAAUUUUUUCUAGUAAUCAACCUCUCUCCCUAUCCCAAUCGUCCGAUUUUAGCCUCCGAUGCUGCCCACCUCAUCGUUCCUCACUUAGCCCUCAACAAUGUUUACCGAAUCAGAUGAGUGGGUUUCUAGAGAUCGAACUCAAAGUACGGGACUAUGAAUUGGAUCAAUAUGGUGUUGUUAACAAUGCGGUCUAUUCGAGUUAUUGUCAACUUGCACAUCAUGAGAUAUUAGAAAGCAUUUGUCUGGAUGCUAAAACAGUGGAGAGCAACGGUGGUGCUUUAGCGUUGUCAAAACUUUCCCUCACUUUCCUCGCACCACUUAAGAGUGGAGACAAGUUUGUUCUAAAGGUGAAGGUCUCAGAAUCCUCAGCUGCUCGUAUAUUCUUUGAGCAUUAUAUCUACAAGUUUCCAAAUAACGAGCCGAUCCUAGAAGCAAAAUCAGUUGUUGUUCUUCUUGGCAAAAAUUACCGUCCUGUUCGUAUGCCUGCAGAGGUGAAAUCCAAGUUACGGCAGCUUAUGAUGCAUCAAGAAGCGGGCGCAACGCUUAUUGAUCAUGCUAUGUCUACAGCUCCCUCGCCGUUGAACGGGUGAAAGUUGUUGCUAAUGAGGAAUUAUCGCACCUUGAGGAUGCAAGGCGAUCAACCUCUUGUGCCACUGCACCAAUAGGUCUCCCUCUUGGUGUGUAAAAGAAUGGAUUCUUAUUGGAUUUUUUGUGAAAAAUUACCUAAUAAAACCCAAAAUUUUUGAGAAACUACCUAAUAAAAAAAAUAGUAUAAGAAACUACCUAAUAAAAGGUAAAAUGUUGCAAAAGACUAUAUUUGGCGGAUUUCAAUCUUUGACGACUUUUCCGGCAUUGACCCACCAUAAAAUACCUCCAAAACCACCCACUUUCAUCCUCAAAAGUCAAAACCAACACAACCCGCUUGAAACUACCUCCACAAAGCCGAAACCACCCUCCAACCCCAAAAACCCCAAAGAGGGCGGUUUCUUGAGUUUUUUUGUAGUCGGUCAAUGCCGGAAUAAUUGGUCAACAUAGAAAAUUCGGCUAGAGGUAGUCUUUUACAACAUUUUUCCUUUUAUUAGGUAGUUUCUUACAACAUUUUUUUUAUUAGGUAGUUUCUCACAAAUUCAGGAUUUUAUUAGGUAGUUUAUGAAAAAAAAUCCAAGUUGAAAUUAGAAUCAAUAAUAACUCCAACUAGCAUAAUUUUGUUCAACAUACCAAUUCAACUAACUGAUGUUUAUCCUUCUCAUUCCUAAUGAGUCUAAUUUUAAGAGGUGCUGAUUAAUUAGGGUACUUCUAAUUACUGACUCAUCCUAAAUGAGAUAAAGUUAAUGUUUUACAAGAAUUUCCUCUGAU